CCCCGCCGCCGGGCCGGUCACGCGGCGCAGGCGCCUCGGCUGACCCGGAAGUACCUGGCGCGGCGGCGGCGGGAGCGGCGGAGCGGAGCAGCGGGGACCGCGCCCAUGUCGGGUUUCGACACCAACCCGUUCGCCGACCCGGUGGACAUCAACCCCUUCCAGGAUCCCUCUGUGACACAGCUCACAAACACGAGCCAAAGUGGCUUGGAUGAAUUCAACCCCUUUUCUGAGAACUCCCAGCUGACAAAUGCGGCACGGACGACGCCAGCUGUGCAGCCUUCUGGCCACUCACAACCUGCUGUUCUGCAGACGUCCGUGGAGCCCACUCCCCAGGCUGUGGCUGCGGCAGCACAGGCUGGGCUUCUUCAGCAGCAGGCAGAAUUAGAGAGGAAGGCAGCUGAGUUGGAGAAGAAGGAAAGGGAAUUGCAGAGUAAUGCAGCCAGCAUUAAUCCAAGGCAAAACAACUGGCCACCUCUUCCCAAGAAGUGUCCGAUCAAGCCGUGUUUUUAUCAGGAUUUUUCUGCAGACAUCCCAGCUGACUACCAGCGGAUAUGCAAGAUGCUGUAUUACUUGUGGAUGCUGCAUUCGAUUACCCUGCUCCUAAACCUGCUUGCUUGCCUGGCAUGGUUCACAGUCGAGUCAGAAAGGGGAGUAGACUUUGGUCUCUCGAUCCUGUGGUUUGUUUUAUUCACACCUUGUGCCUUUCUCUGCUGGUACCGACCAAUUUACAAGGCUUUCAGGUCUGACAGCUCCUUCAGCUUCUUCGUCUUCUUUUUCAUCUUCUUUUGCCAAAUAGCAAUCUACAUCAUCCAGGCUGUCGGCAUUCCUGGCUGGGGAGACAGUGGAUGGAUUGCAGCGCUGUCUGAGCUGCACGGGAACCUGGCCGUGACGGUUAUAAUGAUGGUGGUGGCAGGGUUCUUCACGCUGUGUGCGGUUCUCUCACUCUUCCUCCUGAAGCAGGUGCAUUCCCUGUAUCGGCGCACGGGAGCCAGUUUCCAAAGGGCCCAGGAAGAGUUUUCCCAAGGAAUCCUCACCAACAGGGGCUUCCAGAAUGCAGCUGCUGGGGUGGCCUCCUCAGCUGCACAGAGUGCUUUCCGGGGAAACUAGCCCUUCCUGGGGCUGCCACCCCCUCGCUUCCUCUGCCAUUGUCACCCCAACCUUUUUUUUUUUUUUUUUUUUUCCCCUGAAGAUGCACUUUUUGGGAGUACCAUGUUAGCUCUGUGAUGCCGACUCCAGAUGAGAAGAGGUCUGUUUUUUUAGCUUCAGCUGGCCUACAUUUAUGACUAUUAGUUUUCCCUGUCUUGUUUUAGGGUGUGGGGAGAUAGGGGAGACAUUCUCUGAAGCAAAUACCUUUCUCUGUCCAGGACAUACGGAGCAUUUGUUUCUCUUCCUCUCCUUGCCCUGCCUGUAGCAGGAAGGCAAGGGGAAGGGCUUUUUGAUUUUUUUUUUUCCUCUCUUCUAUUGGCCUUUGCUAUGAAGAAUUUGAUUAUCUGCUGUUUUGGAGGGUGGGGUGGGGGUGGUUGUAACUUGCAUGUAGUUUAUGUUGUUAAUUUUAAGAGCAGAAACUGUACUUUUGGUUUAUUACACUUAAACAAUGCUGCAUUUUGACCUCUUAA